CUCCGCGCCAACCAUCCCGUCCCCCACACACCUCACGCCAGCCCAAGAAGAAGAGACGCCGCUACGCACCCACGCAGUACGCACGCCAUGGCCGCCACCGCGUCCCUGUCUGCCGUCGCGGCGCCCCUGUCCGUCGCCGGGCUCAAGAAGGCCACGUCGUUCCGGCCCCUGCCGGUGGUCAGGGCCGGCAGGCCCGCGGCGAGGAUGACGGUCGUCCGGGCGUCCUCCGCGUCCGUGCAGGAGAAGCUCACGGCCGGGCUGACCGCGGCGGCCGUGGCGGCGGCGCUGGUGCUGCCCGAGGUCGCGGAGGCCGCGUCCCCGGGGCUGUCCCCGUCGCUCAAGAACUUCCUGCUCAGCAUCGUGUCCGGCGGGGUCGUCUUCGCCGGCAUCGCCGGGGCAGUCGUCGCCGUCUCCAACUUCGACCCCGUCAAGAGGACCUGAUCGCCUCGCCGGAUUCUCAGGGCACGUCGCCUCGCUUUGUAUCUCCAUAAAUCUCUUUUCUGUGUUUUAUUCGGAGACUCUGUACGUAGAAGAGAUCCAUGACAAUGGAGUUCUGAUUAAUGGCUGUGUAUACUCUGGUUCGUCUGCUUAAACUCAUGCUUGCGGGCUGUAUCCAGUAAUUGGAUGUUUGUUUACUUCUGAAGCUA